UGGAGACCCUUCACAGCAAACUGCUGUUCAGCUGAAGAUCAAACCAUCUUUGGCAACUUCAGCAGGUGCAGGCCAUCUAGGCCAGAUUUUUCCAAGGAUGUCGCUCAGUUACCGUCUUUUCGAAGGUUGUCUUUCUCCGAUCUCAGCCGUUCUUCGUCAAUGCGCAUCAACGACGAUCUUGCGCAGUCUUUCGGGUCUGACUUGUACGAUUUUCAACUGAGUGAGCUGCGUGGUGUGACUCAGAAUUUUUCGGUGAAUUUUUUGCUUGGAGAAGGUGGGUUUGGAACUGUGCAUAAGGGUUACGUUGAUGAGAAUCUGAGGCAGGGUUUGAAGGCUCAGGCUGUUGCUGUUAAGCUCCUGGACAUUGAAGGCCUGCAAGGACACCGCGAAUGGCUCGCAGAGGUGAUAUUUCUUGGACAGCUGAGGCACCCCCACUUGGUGAAAUUAAUUGGCUACUGUUGCGAGGACGAGGAGAGGCUUCUUGUUUAUGAGUUCAUGCCUCGAGGCAGCUUAGAGAAUCACUUAUUCAAAAGGCUUUCAAUUUCAUUGCCAUGGUCUACAAGACUAAAGAUUGCAAUAGGAGCAGCCAAAGGCCUUGCCUUCUUGCAUGGGGCUGAGAAACCUGUCAUAUAUCGGGAUUUCAAAACUUCAAAUGUCUUGCUAGAUUCCGAUUUCACAGCAAAACUGUCAGAUUUUGGACUUGCAAAGAUGGGACCUGAAGGAUCAGAAACGCAUGUCACAACAAGAGUAAUGGGUACCUAUGGAUAUGCUGCUCCUGAAUACGUCUCAACAGGGCAAUUGACAACAAAAUGUGACAUUUACAGCUUUGGGGUAGUACUACUUGAAUUGCUAACAGGAAGGAGAGCAAUGGACAAAUCCAGACCAAAGACUGAGCAAAGUCUGAUUGCUUGGGCAAAACCAUACCUGUCUAGCACUCGGAGGUUACGCUAUGUUAUGGAUCCAAGGCUUUCUGGCCAAUAUUCUGUUAAGGGAGCAAAGGAGAUUGCCCAUCUGACAUUACAAUGCAUAAGUUUGAGCCCCAAGGACAGACCUAGAAUGCCAGCCAUUAUCGAAACUCUUGAAAGCUUGCAGCACUUAAAGGACAUGGCUGUCACUUGUGGGCAUUGGCCGGCAUCACCAAAAUCUAGUAGAAAUGGGGUUUUUGCUAAAGCUAAAAAUGAUGGUAAAGUUGGGAGUAUCAGGAAAUCUUCUCCAGCUGCAGCUGCAAACCAGAAAUAGUCUUGAGGAUAUCUCGAAUGACAGCUAUAUAUGUCAAGUGUACUAUGGACAGUGUACCAAAAUUGUAAGUAGAAAAGACACAUUUGAAAUCCGAGGCAUGUCAAGGGGCCAAUGUAAAUACAUAAAUGGGAUUAGGAUCAUUGUAUCCUUAUGGAGGUUUUGAAAUGUCAACCAUGUACUUAAAAAACAGAGCUCAA